CCAGUAACCCUCUGUACGAGUAAAUGAUCAGUGAAUCUUGGGAAUUCAAGAGCGAAGGUUACUCCAUUUAUUCAUACAAAUCCAGAAGCUGGAAAUAUUUUGGAAGAGGAUCAAAUCUUUAAUUUAUUAGAUAAUCAACGGUUUGACAUCUCUGUGUUCAAAUAUUUAAAGAAUCGGUUUUUCAAAUCUAUUCUAUUUCAAUUGAUGUACCCGCGAAAUUCAAAACAAUUCACAAGAUCUCCGCCAAUUUUUUAAAAUUUUAUUGAUUUGUUUCGUUGAAACCAUUUAUUCCGUUUGAUUGUUAUUAAUUUCUGGUAUUGGACAGAAUGAAGAAUUCUGAGAUGAUUUCAGUGUUUGUUAUAAUCAUAAAUUUGGUGCUGAGUUCGCCAAUUGCGGGAAAGUGUCCGGGUGACAAUGAAGUACAGAAAUUGGAUUUAAAUGAGUUUUUAGGCAAUUGGUACAUGGUUGCUGGAACUCCUGUGAGCGGAAAAAAAGUGAGUAAAUGCUGUCAUUUUGAAGUGAAACGCACGUCAGAUGAUACAUUUACUAUGAAUUAUACCGCUGUUAGCCACAGAAAAAAUCGGCCAGUUGUUUUUACCGUAAACGCCAGGGCAGAUGACAACGUCACCGGAAAUUGGCAACUGCAAGGAUCUACCAAAAUUCUGGGCCCAUUCAGACAUCGAGUGAUUUCCGCAAAUUACGCUUCAUAUAUCGUCUUCGUUGUUUGUGGAGACAGCAAUCAGAUCAUUCCAACCCGUGAAUUCGGAAUGAUUUGGUCUCGUGAGAAAAAUUUAAAUCCUACAGUUUUAAAACAACUCAAAAGACAUUUAUCUCACUAUUUUCAUGGAGAAGAUAUACUCGAUGUUAAUCAAACCGACUGUUAGCUUAAUUUUAUCUUUCAUAUAUCUAUAUGUCUCAACUUGUUUCCUCGGCGGGAAAUCUAAAUAAAGAUAUUGUUCAUAGAGCUA